CAAAGCAGAUCGACUCCCUUUAUUUCUUUACCGCAUGGUCUUUGGCUAGAUAGGACACGUGAAGCAAAAUCAAGUUUCAAAGGGACGAUAGCAAAAUGGCGAAACCAACAAAAAUUAAGCAGGAUAGCAAUACUUUUAAUCGAAAAAAAGGAAGCUCAAAUCCAGACCGUCCAAAACCUGCUAUUGGAUCAAAAAUGAGAGAUAGAGCAACAAUCAAACGCAUUAAAAUGUAUAAAGGUGGUAAACCUGUAAGAGAUCGAAGUGGAAAGAUAAUUGUUGCCGCAGAAUAUCAGAAUCGUGUAAAGUCCGGAGAAGUUGCAAGAGUGGAGCCAAAUAGGAAAUGGUUCGGAAAUACCAAAGUUAUCUCACAAAAUGCUCUUCAAACAUUCCAAGAUGAAAUGGGGAAAGCAAUAUCUAAUCCUUACAAAGUUGUUAUGAAAGCAAGUAAACUACCCCUUUCCUUGCUGAAUGACAGAAAAAAGACAGCACGUGUACAUCUGUUGGAUACUGAGACAUUUGAAAAUACAUUUGGACCUAAGUCUCAUAGGAAGAGACCUGUUUUGUCUGUUAACGAUGUUGCAGGGUUAGCAAUGCAAGCAGAGGGCAAUGCAGAUAAAUAUAAUAAAGACAAUGAUUUGGCAUUAGUUGAAAACAACAACAUUGAAGAGAAAACAGAAGUACGAGAUCCAAAAUUUUCUAAAGGGCAGUCAAAAAGAAUUUGGAAUGAGCUUUACAAGGUUAUUGAUUCUUCAGAUGUUGUUAUCCAGGUACUUGAUGCUCGUGAUCCUCCUGGCACUCGAUCAAAACAUAUAGAAGAGUUCAUGCAGCGAGAGAAGAAACACAAACAUUUAAUAUUUAUAUUAAACAAGUGUGACCUUGUUCCAACGUGGGUCACGAGGCGUUGGGUUGCUGCUUUGUCUGUAGAAUAUCCAACUCUCGCGUUCCAUGCCAGUGUUACAAACCCAUUUGGGAAAGGUGCACUUAUACAGUUGCUACGGCAGUUUGGAAAGCUUCACCAGGAUAAAAAGAACAUCAGUGUUGGAUUCAUUGGAUACCCUAAUGUUGGGAAAUCAUCAAUCAUAAACACAUUAAAGAAAAAGAAAGUUUGUAAAACUGCACCCAUUCCUGGUGAAACAAAGGUAUGGCAAUAUGUGACAUUGAUGCGGAAGAUAUACUUGAUUGACUGCCCUGGUGUUGUUUACCCAUCAGGUGACACAGAAACAGAAAUAGUACUAAAAGGAGUGGUUCGCGUUGAAAAUAUAAAAGAACCUUGGGAACACAUUGAGGAAGUUCUUACACGAGUUAAAAAAGAAUACUUACAAAAAACAUACAAAAUUUUGAAUUGGGAAAAUUCAGAGGAUUUCCUGGAAAAGUUUUGCAGACAGGCUGGGCGUUUGCUGAAGGGUGGAGAACCAGAUAUUAACACAGUUGCAAAAAUGAUUUUGAAUGACUUUCAACGUGGUAGACUGCCAUAUUUUGUUCCUCCGCCAAAAAUAGCCGGUGAAGACGAGAAAAAUGUAGCAAGCUGUAGUGACUUAAACAAAAUUUCCACAAUAGAUUUCAUACCUGAGACAAAUAAGGAAAUGACUGCUCCAUCUGUUACACAGAACUUUGAUAACUUGACAGUUUUAACAGAAUUUGAUAAGGAUGAUGGUGACGUAAUGCUUCACACAAGUAAACUUGACUUGGAUAAUAUUAAAAAGGACAUUGAGGAAAAAGAAUACAGUGAUCUUGAAAAUGAUAGUGGAAGUGACAAUGAGGAAAAUGUUGAUGAAGGUGGCGAAAAUGCCAUCAAUAAUAAAAGUCAGAUUGUAGACAGUGAAAUUUCUUUUAAUUAUUUUGAUAAAGCAAAAAAAAAGUUCAAGUUAAAAACAGAAAAAUACAAACACAAAAUUGAGGCAGACCAAGAGUCUGAUGAUAGUGAACCAUAUGAUUCUGAUGUUAGUGAACAAUUUGAUAUAAAUAGUGAAGAGGAACUUGAUAAAGAAAAAAAACCCAAUGAAAAGAAAAAUUCUGACACUGAAGAAACUGUUGAAGCUGAUCUUAUUAACUCACUUACGUCUGAGGAAAGAAGUUUCUUAGGUCUUGGAAAUGAUACCAAUCAGCAAGAACAGACGGAUGAUGCUGGAAAAUAUAAAAUUGUUUCAAGUCCUGGUGUUCUUUGUGUUGAAGCAAUGUCAGACAGCAAUGACGACCAAACAAAUAAAGGAGUGAAAAGGACAUCUAAAAAACGGAAAUUGAAACGUGUUCACGAAGAGGAGGAAGAUAAGAAAAACAUUAAACCGAAACGGAUGACGACAAACAAGAUGAAAACUGGAUCUCGGUACUAUGAGGAGGCCAAUGUUAAAAAUAAAAAUAAACAAAAGAAAAACAAAACUAUGACUGAAACUCUAUCAAAAAAAUCUAGGACAAAGAAGAGAUUCAAAAAAUAAUUUUGUAUGAGAUGAAUUUUUUUUAAAUAACUUUAAUGAUA